CCGGAAGUUAGUUUUACCUGUUGCUGUGAUCGAUAUCAUGCCAAAAAUGUGCUAUGUCUUGCUUGUUUCCUUGGUAUGGUGAUUUAAAAGAUUUUGUCUUACACAGUUUGAGAACCAUGCGAUGGCCAUCAGUAGAGUCCCUGGCGGGGGCGGUCAUGCUUCUACACAUUGUGGUCUGUCCGUUCACCAAAGUAGAGGAGAGCUUUAACAUACAGGCAGUCCAUGACAUCCUAUAUCACGGCAUCAACAUCGAUCAGUAUGACCAUUUAGAAUUCCCCGGUGUAGUCCCUAGAACCUUCCUUGGGCCCCUUGUUCUUGCUGUGACAACAUAUCCCGCGGUGUUCCUCUGUCAGUGUCUGAAGCUGUCAAAAUUUAUAUCACAAUAUCUAGUCAGAAUUGCUUUAGGUCUUUAUGUGCUUGCUGCGCUGUCGGCAUUUGGUAAUGCCAUCAAGUACCGCUUUGGCCCGGGUGUCAAGAGAUGGUUGUUCAUUAUAACAGCCACACAGUUCCAUUUUAUAUUCUAUAUGUCAAGACCAUUACCCAACACAUUCGCUCUUGUUUUAGUGUUGUUUGCAAUAGCGGCCUGGAUAAAUCAGAACCAUGGACAAUUUCUAUGGAUAUCGGGUGCUGCCAUCAUUAUUUUCCGAUCGGAACUAGCUGUAUUUCUGGGCCUGAUUCUCGCUGCAGAACUCUUCUCCAAGAGGCUCAGUUUCACUGAAUUUUUAAAGCAUGUUAUUCCAGCAGGAAUCCUUUUACUAAGUCUGACAGUCCUGGUGGAUAGUUUUUUCUGGAGACGCUGGCUGUGGCCUGAAGGAGAAGUUCUGUGGUUCAAUACGGUCGAGAACAAAAGCUCUCAGUGGGGUACAGAGCCGUUUAUGUGGUAUUUCACAUCUGCUCUUCCCAGGGCUCUGUCCAUGAGUUUCUUUUUAGUUCCCAUAGGAAUAACCUUGAACCCUCACCUUCGACCUCUUCUAAUUCCUGCCAUUGGUUAUAUAUUGCUAUACUCUAACCUGCCUCAUAAGGAGUUACGAUUCAUCAUUUAUGUGAUACCAAUCUUCAAUGUUGUGGCUGCAUCUGCUGUUUCAAAGAUGUUGGCUGACAGCUCCAAGUCCUGGUUUAAGAAACUGGUGGCUCUUGCCGCUGUGUGCCACAUUUUGGGAAACAUCACAUGCACCACAGUAUUUCUGUUUGUCUCUCACCAGAACUACCCCGGGGGACAGGCCAUGCAGAAACUCCACCAGUUGGAGAAACCAUAUAUAGCCAUCAAUCUUCACAUUGAUGUAGCAGCUGCCCAGACUGGUGUCACUAGAUUUACACAGAUCAACCCAAAAUGGAGAUACAAUAAGACAGAGGACCUUCUACCAGGCUCUCAGGAGAUGCUGGAUUUCUCUCACCUCUUUGUCAGCGAUGACGACAUUCUUCAGUUUUACCAGAGCACACAUUCCGUUAUAGCAAAGAUUGACGGAUUUGAUACACUCCGAGUGGAUGUUAGAUCUGUACCCCCCAUUGUUGUGACCACUAAGCCCAAAAUUUGGAUCUUAAAAAGAAAUUUGUACCUGAAAGCUAGCUGACGGCUAGAACUUCUAGGGAAUUUAAUUAAUACAGUGAACUCCCAGCUCUCUGAUAGAUACCCAAAACACACCAGAAUUUGCUAGCCCUAGGAUGUAUUUGUUUAUUUAAAUGUGCAAUAUUGUUUACAUAUGGUAUUAAUAAUAAGUGACCAAAUAUUAUAUGUAUUCAGUGGUAUUAAGAGUUUGAUAGAUCUUAAUACAAUUCACCAUUCCAAUUUACAUACUCCAAAAUGCCUGUAAAAUAUGAAACUUUCAAUUUUUGAGCAUUUUGUUUAUUUUCAAAUUUCCUUUUAUUGUUAAAAUGUACACAAACAUUGUGAAUAAAUGAAU